CUCACGUUGUCUUGUCGCGUAAACUGGACCCCCUCCAGUGCGGCAGCGCUCCCCCCAUUUUCGUCGACCCCAUCGUCUUCCCCGAUCCAUCUCCAGGCUCCUGAUCCGGUGAUCCCCUCCUUUCUCUUCGCCUCUCCGAUCCAAAUCCAUCCCCCACCGAAACCUGCAAGCGCGCACCUCGCCGCCUCCGAGCAUGUCCAAGUACGGCACCAUCCCCACAUCGUCUUCCGCGGGCGGGGCGCCCCUCGGGGGGCCCUCCCGGCCCGACUUCAUCUCCCGCGCCAAGGCCCGGGGCGCGACGGCGCUGGCGACUCGCCGGCCCUGGCGCGAGCUCGGGGACAUCCACGCGAUAGGGCUGCCGCACAGCCUCGGCGACGCGUACCUCCGCGUGCGCGCCAACCUCUCCCAUUUCGCCAUGAACUACGCCAUCGUCGUCCUCGUCGUCGUCUUCCUCUCCCUGCUCUGGCACCCCGUCUCCCUCAUCGUCUUCCUCGUCUGUAUGGUCGCCUGGCUCGUCCUCUACUUCCUCCGCGACGACCCGCUCGUCCUCUUCGGCCGCGUCGUCGGCGACGGCUUCGUCAUCGCCGUGCUCGCCGUCGUUACGCUCGGUCUCUUGCUGCUCACCAACGCCACCGCCAAUAUCCUCUCCUCGCUGCUCAUCGGUCUCGUGCUCGUCGUCCUGCACGCCGCGCUUCACAAGGCGGAGGACAACGCCGACGACGAGGUUGUUCGCUGGUACGCGCCGGUGCCGCCACCGCCGUCGCACUAGGUGUGAGAUCGCCUGCCCUCCGAUUCUUCUUCCUGGAUCUGAAUGUGGUCAUUCUGCCCCGUGUUGGUCAUCCUGUCCUUGUUUCCAAGUAUUCCAGCUGUGCAAAUUGGGCCACCCGUGAUGAAGAACGUGUCCAUGGUGAUUGUGUUCCACCUGUUGCUGGUUCUAUUAGAAGUUUUGGAUCCAAUGAUGAUGCAGGGUUGUAAGAUCUGAUCUUCACGCGCCACUUUUGUGAACCGUAUAAAGCCUCUUGUUCACAUGUCUCAAAUUUGGAGAAAAAUCUCUCUCUCUCGAGUUUGUGAA